AUGUCCUGCUAUGAUGUGUGUCCUCCCACCCAAUGUGGCCCAACGCCGCUGGCCAACAGCUGCAACGAGCCCUGCGUGCGGCAGUGCCAGGACUCGACCUACGUGAUCCAGCCCUCUCCGGUGGCGGUGACCCUGCCCGGCCCCAUCCUCAGCUCCUUCCCGCAGAACACGGCCGUGGGAUCCUCAGCAUCCGCUGCCGCGGGGGAGGCCCUCAGCCCUGGGGGGGUCCCCUGCUCCCCCGGCAGCUCCUCGGGGCUCGGCGGCCUCGGGGGCCUCUAUGGGCGGCCGUUCCACCGCUACAAUCGCCGCGGGAGCUGCGGGCCCUGCUAG